AUGCAAUCUUGUAUGGAUCGUUUGGAUCAAAUAUCUAUUGCAUUAGAAACAGCUGGCAUACCCCUUAAAGCUGCGCUAAAUCUACUGCAUUUGAUCACAUCACUGGAUGGAAAUCCAUUGCCCUUGGAUGGCACAAUACUCAGCAAUACUGAGCAGGUUAUUGAGUUUACACCAAGCGAUGUGCGAAAUUUGCUAAAAAGUUACUGUAAAGGUACCAGUGGUCAUAUGGAAUAUAUCCACGAAGAUAGUGAAAAUGGUGAGCAAGAGCAAGACGAGGAGAAAACUGUAGAUCCAUUGCGUGUUCUUUGGGUGAUCUCGACGUUUCAACCAAUCGAUGUGAACGCAGAGUUUACACCAAGUGAUGUGCGCAAUUUGCUAAAAGGUCACUGUAAAGGUACCGGUGGUCGGAUGGAAUAUAUCCACGAAGAUAGUGAGGAUGGUGAGCAGGAGCAAGACGAGGAGAAAACUGUAGAUCCUUUGGUUUCAGGUUCCUUGCCCUUCAAUGCAUCUGGUCAGUAA